AUGGCCGCUAAAUUCGUCGUCAUCCUUUCCCUGGCCGUCGCCGCCUCCGCCAUCCCCCUGGCUCCCCUCGCCAAGGUGGUGUACGCCGAACCCGAGGCACCAGCCCACUACGAGUUCGAAUACUCCGUCCACGAUGACCACACCGGAGAUAUCAAGCAGCAGAAGGAAAGCCGCGCCGGAGACGCCGUCCACGGAUCCUACUCCUUGGUGCAACCCGAUGGAGUCCACCGUAUUGUGGAAUACACAUCAGACAAGGAACACGGAUUCAACGCCAUCGUCCGCUACGAAGGACAACCCCACCCCGCUCCCGUCGCCAAACUCGUAGCCGCUCCGGUAGCCAAAAUCGCCUACGCCGCUCCCGUAGCUAAACUCGCCUACGCGCCCGCUCAAGUACACUACGCCGCUCCUGUAGCCAAGGUGGCCUACGCCGCGCCUGCUCAAGUCCACUACGCCGCUCCCGUAGCCAAGGUAGCCUACGCUCCCGCUCAAGUUCACUACGCCGCUCCCGUCGCCAAAGUAGCGAAGGUCGCCUAUGCCGCCCCCCUCGCUCAAGUCACCUUCUCCUCCCCCGCGGUCUCCUACCACCACUAG